AUGGCUCCGACUCCGGGAUUCAACGCUGAGGUUGCCAAGCAUCACGAGCUUCUCAGCCGCGAUGAACCCAGCGCUACGAACUCGUCUCUGAAUGGCAAGCCACAGCUGCCAGAAGAGGUAGUCACCGCCCCACUCUUUUCCCUGCCUGCACGUACGGCUCUCUCCAUCAAAUACGAGAGAAAUUACACGAGCAAUACUGAUGACUCGGUGUAUCCUCAAUACGGACUCCUGGGUCACCGCGUGGACGACUCUGAGGACAUCACCCAGGACUCUCUCGUGUAUACCAACACCGCAGCUCCUUGGUCAACCUUCAUCUGUGGAAGCCAAGGGAGUGGAAAGAGUCAUACUCUGUCGUGCCUGUUGGAGAACUGCCUGAUCCCGUCUUCGCCUGCGGGAAGAUUGACCGCACCGCUCGCCGGCGUGGUCUUUCACUAUGACAAGUUCACGGGGUUUUCGAGCACCCAGCUCUGUGAGGCUGCUUACCUUUGCUCCUCUCAGAUUCCAGUUCGCUUGCUUGUGUCUCCGACGAAUUUCCUGUCAAUGAAGAACGCCUACACCAAUCUGGCGGGGUUAGGAAACGUUUCCCACAUGCUGAAGAUUGAGCCGAUGUACCUUCCAAUGAAGGGGCUCAACAUCAGCAUGAUGAAAACAUUGAUGGGAAUUGACAACGUCUCGACCCAGCCACUCUAUAUCCAGGUGGUAAUGAAGAUUCUUCGGGACAUGGCGAUUGCCAAUCAAGGUCGAGAGAGAUUCGACUACGGCAUGUUCCGGAGAGAACUCGAUGCAGAGAACUUCAUCAAGGGCCAACAAGUUCCCCUGCAAAUGCGACUAGAUGUUCUCGAGUCCUUCUUUGAGCCGGGUACCAUGCCGAAUGGGAAUGGGAAGCCCCGGAGGCAGUCUUGUGCAGACGAUAUCUGGAAGUUCCCCAAGGGUACUCUGACAAUCAUUGAUCUGAGUUGCCCAUUUGUUGGUCCCGAUGACGCAUGCGCAUUGUUCAAUAUCUGCAUCUCGCUCGUCUUGAAGGAUCGCCAUGAAUCGGGCAGAAUCCUGGCCUUCGAUGAGGCUCACAAGUUCCUGACGGCAACGUCAUCCGAAGCAAUGGAGUUGACGGAAAACCUCCUCUCCAUUGUACGACAACAGCGGCACUUGGGCACACGCGUCCUCAUCGCCACCCAAGAGCCAACCAUCUCACCCAUCCUCCUCGAUCUUUGCAAUCUGACCAUAAUCCACCGCUUCACUUCCCCGGCUUGGUUCAAAGCGAUCAAAGCCCACAUUGCAGGGGCCCGCGAGAAUGCCGAGGCUAGAGAAAGCCUGGAGCGUGAUCUCUUCCGAAAGAUCGUCCAGCUCAGUACGGGCGAGGCAUUGCUUUUCUGCCCGACUGCACUGUUGGAUGUCAUGAGACGAGGUGAUUCGAGUCCCGGGGGGCUGAGCUCUAGCGACUCCGGCCAAAUGACGGACGAUGAGGAUUUCACAACUGGAGAUCAUCAUGCUGUUCAACUGGGGGCUGGUCAUGUCCAUGUUCGUGUGCGGAAGCGUGUCACUGCAGAUGGUGGUCGAAGUAUCAUUGCGCAGUGA